UCUUGAGAGUAUUUUAAAGUAAGAUGUUGACCUUGGUUUGUGGAUAUAAAAAUAGUUUUACUUCGUUUAUCAAUCCAUGUCAGAGCAAAGGAAUGCUGUGUGUCUGUGUAGCAUCACAUCUACUUCACUCAACCGAGACCAGAAAGAUAAUAGUCAGGCAUAGCAAGGCAAUUGGAGGGUCAACAAAACAAAACGUCGGAUAUGUGCAAAAUUGUCAGCUCUGCUGUGUGUAUGUGACUAGGAUGUGAAAAUUCAAUGUUGAUAUCUUUUUCUCUGCAGAGAUCAUGAAGAAAUUUUACGGAAAUAGCCUUAUUGCUGUGUAGCAUCAUUGAAACAAACAAAUAAACAAAACAAGAAAUAAGUGCAUCUCCUUGCAGACUGUAGGCUUAAGGAUUAUUUUCUUUUGCCGGUUCGGGUACGGUGCGUUGAACUUCAUCAAAAUGGCCCAGGCGGUUUUAACGUGUGACUUGUGUGAGGACGAACCUGUUUUAAUGCAUUGUAAUUCCUGCCAUAUUAAACUCUGCAGUGAAUGUGUUGGCAAACACGUGUCCUCUCUAAUGUCAAAGAAACAUGACGUAGUGGGGUUCAAAUACAGGGAAAGUGACGUCAUACUCCCAGAUUGCAAUCGCCAUCAGCACCAAAAAUGUGAUAUCUAUUGUAAGAACUGUGGCAUUCCUACUUGUAGCAAAUGCGUUGUUUCUUCAGAACAUAAACAACAUGAAAUUAUUGAUAUUAUGGACGAAUAUUUGUCAAGAAGAGAGUUUCUUUCUCAAGAAACAAUGGCGCUUGAAACGUUUGUUAUUCCUGAGUGUGAUAAGAUGGAGAAUUCAUUGAAUUCCAAAAUGACACAGUUAUCACAAGAUUACGAAACUGUUACUUCUUCAUUAAUGAGGGAAGUUGAAAAACUUCACCUUGAAAUAAAUAAGAAAUUUGAAGAAAAGAAAACUUUGUUAAAGAAUUCGAAGGAGGGUGACUUGGGAGAGCUGCGAUCGCAACUGGAAAGGUUUUCAAAAAGGAACCAAGAAGCAAAAGAUACCAUUUCCGGUUACAAGGCUGCUUUGUCCGGAAGAAAUGUUUCAGAUGUUUUAUCAUGUAUAUUUACUGAAAACCAAUUCCGAGAAAUCCCUUCCAUGGUUGAAAUAUCCCCUCCGAAAUACUCACCGAGUCAAAGUCCUUACCCAAUCGAGGCUCUCCUCGGCGAAUUUGAAUUCGGGAAUCGACUAUCAACAUUACAUGGUUAUAAAAUCUCUACCUUACAAAACAGGGACAGAACAAUCGAGAAAAGAUUUUUAAGCGAGCUUAUGUUAUUGAGCACAUUUGAUUCUGGAUAUGAAGAAAUUCAGACAAUCGCCUGUGCUGGUAAUGAUGAAAUUUGGGUGGUAGGUAAAGUCUGCGGAACUAUGACGAAAUUCAGCAUCAAAGGCGAAAAACUGGACACUUUACACCUGAUUGACGGGUAUUCGCCAAGCGAUAUUCACGUGGAUGGCCAAGGCAACAUACUUUUCUGUGACAUGGGAGAAAACAGCGUCGUAAUGUGGAACAAGGGUAAAAGGGAAGUGGUGACCGUUUGGAAAAACUGGAAACCCACCUCACUCUUUGUCAACAGGCUUGGUCACAUUUUAGUCAGCAUGAUUACUUCAGAUAAGAAGAACGCUCGGGUUGUCCGCCUCGUGAAAACGAGGCCGAAACAGAAGAUACAAUUCGAUGACCAAGGAGAGCUGUUGUUCUUCAUACCCCAGGCCAUAGUGGAGAACAGAAACGAAGAUAUUUGUGUAGUCAACGGCGGUGCCAAAGGUCUGGUAGUUGUGAAUAAGUCUGGGACUCUGAGAUUUAUUUAUAGCGGGAAUCAAAUAUCCCAAACGUUUUUCUUUAAACCAACAUCUGUAGUCACUGACAGUUUUGGACAAAUUUUAGUUACAGACGCCAUGAACAGUUGUGUUCAUAUUUUGGACGAAGACGGGGCAUUUCUUCGUUGUCUUGGACAAUCUAUGAUGAAUAUACCAUCUGAUCUUGACAUUGACAAAAAUGAAAAUCUUUGGAUUGGGGAAUAUCAUUCUGGAAACGUGAAGGUUUUCAGAUAUUUGGCUGAUUGUCGGACUGCUGAAAGUAUUCCUCCGAAAUAAUUCAUAUUUCAAAAACGAGAGAAUGAGUUAUGAAUUUUAUCAUAAGAAUACAUUCGCUUUGAUUCUUAUAGCAGAAUGGACCUAAGCUUGAAUGUAUAUACCUGUAUAUAUGUAUUUGGAAAAGACAAAAUGUUUAAUUCCCUUAAUUUGUCUCUGUCAAAUAAUCUAAUUCUACAGUAGAGUUUUAUUUUCAAUUGUCUGAUAACAGAAGUACUUCAGUCUGUCUUUUAUUCAAAAACACUUUAUUCUACUUUUGCCCUCUCACAAUAAUUAUUGUUCAACAUAGCUUCAACUUAGCCUCGCUGCGUAUACGUAUAAAGUCCUUGAUCAUUUUAUACAACCUUUCUCUUUAGCGAAUGGGAAAAUGAUUGUCUCUUAAAGUUACAUAAUGAGUCAAAAUCAUGUGCUUCUUUUAAGAUAUCUGUAUCAUACAGAGAAAGAUAUAUGAAAAUUGUGAGAAAAUAACGAAGAUAUAACCACUAAACUGCACUGUAAAGAAAGAAAGGACUGCACAAUUUAAUUGCCAGAAAAACAAAGGUUGUAUUUACCGUUUCGUUGUUUUCGUGUAUGUCAAGGUCACGCCACUUUUAUUUUUAGCUCAAACUUGUAAACACAUUGAACUGAAGCAUACAAAGGUGAGAAAUACAUUCUAGCAACUUUUGGAAAAGAUUGUAUUAAAAUUCUUGCAUAGUCUACCUACAUUCAUUCUUAAGUACUGGAGACCAUGGUAACCUUGGUAACUUAUUCAA